GGCUGACUAAUACUUUUUGCCCCACUGUAUGUGUAAUAGUGCGGUAUGAACAGUAUGUCUGUAUAAUGAUGACUGAUGAUACUUCUUAUACCUGUACAAUGUAAACAAGUGUGCCUGAUUUGAAAAUAGCCUGUGGUAUUUCCAUCCCGUCAGGUGCUGUAUCGUGCUCAGAUGAUGAGCUGAUGCCCUCAGACGAUGAGUGUCCCCCAGCCGAGACCAGCCCCACCUCCGCUUCGAGAUCAAAAGCGAUGACGGCUUCAGUGUGGAGGCAGACAGCGUAGAGGAGGCCUGGAGAGCAGUGAUCGACUGUGUCCAGGAGGCGCGGGCGGGGGCCAGGCUUAGGCAGCUGUCCUUCUCUGGGAUGACAGGUGCCGUAUGCUGGGCCUGCUCCACGACACAGUGGUCUUCCUGGUGGAGCAGCUCCAGGGGGCCGCCGCUGCCAUAGCCACGUCUUCCGCUUCUUUCAACAGAUCAACCAAGGAGGACCUGCCUGUCAACCCCUCUGGAUGCGCCCGCUCUGAGGUCUACCUCAGGAAGACCACCUUCGACAUGUUCAACUUCCUGGCUUCCCAACACCGCCAGCUGCCUGACAUCAACCCCUACGAUGAGGAAGAGGAUGAAGUCCCACUCAAAUCCACAAGGUCAGAUUACAGAGUUAUUGUAUGCCGGCCAUCGCAAAGGAAGCCAGCUAAAUGCUAGAAUCUUAAAAAAGGAAGCUUUGGCUUAAAUACUGCAGGAG